AUGAUAUCAGGAUCAAGAGCAUGCGAAGAAGCCUUACUACAGAGUUAUGUCCAACUAAACUCUUUGAAUAGCGACAAUAGCUCCAUGAACUUCAUUGAUCAUGAGCCGCAGUCAAAUAUCCCCACUUCUUCGGCCACUUCGAUAACAGAGCAUGACUAUCGGUUCCCUCGCAGACCAACUGACCGAUGGAUUCCUACAUCUUCUACCCACUUUUCCCAAAACUCGUACUUCAAUCAAAAAGAUGGUACUCGAGCAACUACAUUUAUCUCAAGAGAUUUGGAUCCUGGUAAUAUCAAGGUUUCUGGUCUCCCAGCUUCUUGUGAUAUACUGCGAAAUUCCUCGGUUCCAUCUUGGAAAGAGAAAACUGCUGGUAACGAGAUAGAAUCGAUAGACGAAAUGCGGAAGAAAGACCCUUUGGCAACCCAGGUUUGGAAAUUAUAUUCUAAAACAAAAUUUCAAUUACCAAACCAGGAGCGAAUGGAAAACAUUAUUUGGCGUAUGAUGGCCAUGAACCUGCGGAAAGGCAGGCAACACUCUACUGCUGAUUCAUCCAAACCUCUGACAGUUCCCCAGAGCACACCUAGCGGGAUAGCGCGGUUGAGACAAUCAUCCGACCUUAUGGAAGUUACGAAGUCACUUAUGGCAGUAAAUACAAAAUCUACGAAUAAUAAUAGAGCCACUGCCGAGGAAACGAAAUCAUCGAAUUGCGAUUCUAAAUUACUACAAAAUCUAGAAAUGGAUGAGGGUAUUGACGAUAAAUUGUGUUGUGCAACAGCUUCUGCGAUUCCGAUCAAGACACGAAAGUCGUCUGCGCAACUAAUCAUUCCUCAGUCAGUUCCCGUUCCGCAGCAUGAUCCUCGUAACACCCAGGAGUUCGACUAUGUGCAGAGGCAUAUCCGCAAGUCAAGCAUCGAUGAGCUAUCGCGUCCUCCAAAGCGACGCGCGAACUUUUCACCACGAGUUCCUGCCUUGAACAGCUGUACUAUUGCCAACAAUGGUGAACUACAAGACUACUCCCUUGACCAGCCUGAAAUACCUGAGAUACUAACGCAAAACGUGGGGAAGGUACCUAUUAUAGCCGAGUCAAUCAGUGGCAUAGAUCAUGAUACGUUCACUUCUAAUGCAGGCCCCUACCAGCAACCAUUUCCUUUCUCUCCAAGAAAUACUCUCUUCCACCAAACUACUUAUUCUACAAAUUAUAAAGAUAUCUCAUCACCUUCCCUGACCUCAGAAUUGAAUACCAAUGGAUAUUUCUCUUCCCCGGGAAGCUCAUUCCCUUCUAUGCCAUCGAGAUCUACACUAGCCCCUAAGAUUGAACAAGUUUACUUUCAGGUUCAUGAUUCUGAUACGCUUGGCCAACCAACUAGCUUCCGUCACGUUCCAUCAAACCUCCAAAAUUCUCAGUCUGCAUGUAAUAUUUAUGGCAUGAAUCGCGGUCAGAUCUUCUCAUCGAUCUCGAAUGUCGAAAAUUUCAACGAUUUGGCAGUCUCUAGUGCCUACGAUCAAGUGGGUCUUACCGACUCGUCUUGCAGGUUUCGUGCGGAAAACCCAGUACUCUCGCCAGAGGUCCUCCGAGAUAACGAAAAUACGUAUCACACAGCGGCUGAUUCCGAUGACGAAGAAGAUAGAGGUACCUCCCUUGCUGAAAGCUUAUUUAUGAUGCAGCACGAUUUAUCGCCAUCGCCCCGUGAUAAUGGUAGUCCAGUGACAAUAUCAAGCAAGACAAAAUGGAAGACCGCAUCCUCUCCCCCAUUCAACGCUGCUACCUCGCGAUACCAAGCAGGUCCAUUAGCAGUACAAUCAAAUGGCGGGACAAAUGAUCAUGCAGAAUCACUGGAAUGGAAUGGAACCAGAGGAAUGCUAAGUCUCAAUACCCACAUUGCAGAGCCCACCGCAAUGAAAAACUACUCGUGCCAGCAAAACGCGCAAUCUACAUCAACUCACAAUGUUGCAAUAAUGAAUCGUAAUCAACAUCUGUUUGAGUCUUGUCACUCCCUUGCUGCUCAAUCUUCUGGUCCUAGUUCUCCUAUCGAUGCAGCCACGAUUUCAAACUCUCCUAUAGUAAACUCUCGCUCUUCUUCGCCCGUGCCUAAACAUAGCUCUUCCACUAAUAAUCCUCCAUCUCAGCCUCAAGCCCAAGCCCAAACUCAGAGCGAGGGUAGCGUUCCAACUACCUGCACAAACUGCUUUACUCAAACAACACCACUGUGGCGAAGAAAUCCAGAAGGUUAUCCCUUAUGUAAUGCAUGUGGAUUAUUUCUGAAGCUACAUGGUGUCGUAAGACCUCUAAGCUUAAAGACAGACGUUAUUAAAAAGCGUAACCGAGGACCAGGCUCUGGUUUACUUGUUAGUGGAACAGGAUCUCGAGGCACUAGGAAGAUAGUGGGCUCUAGCUCAGCCAUCACUGGCGGAACACCAGGCUCUAACACAAGAAAGAACAGUAUUAUAGCUUCAAACACACCAACUGUGAUCGUCCCUGCAUUAACAAGCACCAUGAUGGCACAUGGACGCAAUAAAAAUGACCCUCAAAGUCCUUUAAGUAUGGGAAAUAUGCCGACUAGUCUUUCUGGUCUAACAAAUUCAGCAGCUACCGGGGUCGAGAGCGGACAGAAGGGUCCAGUGCCUGUGACAUCAGCUUCGAUGAAAGCUAUUUCUAGUCCGGGAACUCUGAAUGAAAGAGUAGGGGGAGCCAACGGUGGUAAGAGACAAAGAAGAGGUAGUCGUGGCACAUCCAGUGUUGAUGCAGAACAUGAGUCCCCCAGAGAGUCUAUCGAAAAUAAUGAAGUUGGGUCAAUUUCGAAUCCUAACUUCACUUAUUACUCUGCUAUGAGCGGUCGGAUGAGAAACGAAAUAACUCUCGGGACUAGCGGCGCAAAUAUAGGGCUAGAUGGAGUAGCUGAAUUUAGUAGCGGUAUGAGUAGUUUAGGAAGUAGUAUGCCAAAUAUUGGGAUGGGUAUCGCAGAAGGUGUCUGCUUGGAAUCUCACUCAUCAUUCCAUGCUGGUGGCUAUCCGAGCGUCCUUACGGGCUCGUUGAAUGGGUUUGCAACGAAUGGUGCACCUGUCAAGGGGACAGGAGAAUUCUGUUUCCAACAACCAGAAUGGGAAUGGCUAACAAUGAGUCUCUAG